AUGAGGCCUUUAAUUAGAAAUCAUAUAUGGUCAGAGCUAGGGAAUGGUGGUAAUACUUCAGUAUGGUUUGAUUAUUGGAGUGAGUUGGGUCCGCUUGGCGAUUUUAUAUCGCCAAGAAAUAUUUCUGAUGCUGAUUUUAGAUUGGACAACCGGGUGGCCGAUGUGUAUGCGGAUGGUUCUUGGUUGUGGCCUACUGCUUGGAGGGAUAGUUUUCCUGUUCUUAAUCAGAUUGACCAUGUUCAGUUAGAUCCCCUGAAAGUUGACAGAUUGUUAUGGAAAGAUGGUAGUGACAUUAACGAAUUUUCCUCUUCUGGUGUUUGGCACUCUCUUCGGCAUAGAGAACCGGAAGUGGAUUGGGGUAGCAUUGUUUGGUUUGGCCAGUGUAUCCCUAGACAUGCUUUCAUGAUGUGGUUAAUUAUGAAAGGUAAGCUCCUUACGCAAGAUAAAAUUCUACAAUGGGAUUUAUCUAGAAGAAAAAACAUGAAUAUGAUGUGUUGUUUACUGUGCUAUCAGAACGUUGAUUCUCAUCCGCACCUAUUUUUUGAAUGUAAGUACUCAACUCAAGUGUGGCGUAAAGUUAGAGACAGGGUCGGAAUGAGUUCUAUUGCGCCAAGAUGGACGGAUAUUGUUCAAUGGCUUUGUAACCGAGAUCAUCAAAGAAGGGUCGAUACUUAUGUUGCUAAACUACUUGUAGCGGCUGCAGCGUAUAGUAUUUGGCAAGAGAGGAAUGCCAGGCUAUUUAAAAAUCAGUUAAGAUCUCCUGAGACGGUUAGUGAUGUAAUCAUGAAUACAGUGCGAUACAAGUUGAUGGGAGCUAAGCUGAAGAAUACCGUUAGGGUGCGUAACCUUCUUAGAGAAUGGGAGAUUCGUACGAAAGACAGGGAUGACGAUGGGGGCUGA